UAACGCUUGCACAGGAGCACAAGAGUCUCAACAUGAAGAGCAUUACGAGUACAGUACUACUUGCAAACUCGUUAUGGAAUUGCUUAGUGCCAGUGGAUGAACCAUAAUGUAAGUCACCUUAACCUGCGCGACUGAAAAAAAAAAAUGCGUAUGAGAAACAGUCCGGGAGAUACGCGUAUUUGAGACUGAAAAGAAAAUCCCUGCCAGCUGACGUUGAAGGAUUUAUCGGUUUAGACGAAAUUGCUUUCCCACUGUGGAGAUUAAAUACCGUGGGGUAGUUUUUCUGGGGGGCGUAUAACUGCACAUUGUUACAACGCUGAAGCAAGCGAUAAUGUGACUGGGAGGAGAAGAUUUGUUUUUUUAACGUCGACUGCUGGGGAACUGAACUUUCGGAUUUCCGUGCCUGGGUCCGACUCUGGGCUGUGUGCGCCAUGCAGGUUGAUAUUUUGCUGUUGCUUUGCCUCUGGAUGCUGGGGGCUGCUGGGAGAUUUGCUCGGCAAAGCAGCCAGGCAUUUGAAAUAUACAAGAAAAGCAGGAGGGAACCCUCCAGAGUUCACAUCACAUUUUCAAAGAGGCCCUGGAGGACAGCAGCAGCACGCAAACUGACCAGGGGCCACAGGGCAAAGAGAGAAGCCCCCAGACAGGAAGGAGAGACCCACAAGCCUGGCAGCCCCAUCCUGAAAAGAAGUCCGGAUAUCACCAAAGCACCACUGACCAAAUCUGAACAGCUUCUAAGAAUAGACGACCAUGACUUUACAAUGAGACCAGGAUUUGGAGGUGAGGCACUUAUCCAGAUUUCUUCUCUUGAAACAUCCUCCCAGCUGGGUCUUGAUUUCACGAUGACCUUGUACUUGAGACACUACUGGAAAGACGAGCGAUUAGCCUUUCCGAGCACCAACAACCAGAGCAUGACCUUUGAUGGGAGACUGGUGAAGAAGAUCUGGGUCCCAGACAUGUUCUUUGUUCAUUCCAAGAGGUCCUUCAUCCACGACACAACCACCGACAAUGUUAUGUUGAGAGUUUACCCAGAUGGAAAGGUCCUUUAUAGCUUAAGGGUGACAGUCACGGCCAUGUGCAACAUGGACCUGAGUCGUUUCCCACUGGACACUCAAACCUGUUCCUUAGAGAUCGAGAGCUAUGCCUACACUGAUGAUGAUCUGAUGCUGUACUGGAAGAAAGGGAAUGACUCGCUCAAAACUGAUGACAGGAUAUCGCUGUCCCAGUUUCUCAUUCAGAAGUUCCACACAACCACAAAGCUGGCAUUUUACAGCAGCACAGGCUGGUAUAACAGGCUGUACAUCAACUUCACUCUGCGGCGCCACAUCUUCUUCUUCCUGCUCCAGACCUACUUCCCGGCCACUCUGAUGGUCAUGCUGUCCUGGGUGUCCUUCUGGAUCGACCGCAGGGCCGUACCAGCUCGAGUCCCUUUGGGUAUCACCACGGUGCUCACCAUGUCCACCAUCAUCACCGGAGUCAACGCCUCCAUGCCCAGGGUCUCCUACAUCAAGGCGGUGGACAUCUACCUCUGGGUCAGCUUCGUCUUCGUGUUCCUGUCGGUGCUGGAGUACGCCGCCGUCAACUACCUGACCACCGUGCAGGAGAGGAAGGAGAGAAAGAUACGAGACAGGCUCCCCUGCACCUGCGGCCUGGCACAUCCCCGGCAGCUGAUCAUGGGAACCAGCUACAGCGACGUCGACGUCAACACCACUGGGACCUACGGCGUGCCCGAGAACGGGGAAAAGCAGGAGAGGAUCUUAGUGCACCUGGCGCUGGGGGAUGAUCGGACGACGAGUAGAAGGAAGAACUCAAGAAGUUACGUGAGCAUGUGGAUCGACACGCACGCCAUCGACAAGUACUCCCGCAUCAUCUUUCCUGGUGCCUACAUCCUCUUCAACAUCAUCUACUGGUCCAUCUACUCUUAGUCCUGCAGUCCCAUUGCUCGGAAACGACUGCAGAUCAAUUGGUUUCUAACUCAAGUGGCGAUGCAAUAAUUCUUACUUUUUUAGUACCAUUGUCUACCGAGUUUAAAAUCGGCUUCUAGCAAGAACACUUCAGGUUUUUAAAUCGUGUUGAAACUUUGAAAGUUGAAAUGCAGUCCAGAUAUAAAAUGUCAGAUAUACACGGCUGUACUCUAAGGAGGAGGCAUUGGGGGAGAUUUAGACCAAUGGACGUGAACGUGGGAAAGCAUCACUAUCGAAUUGGCCGUCUACCCUACAGUUCGCACUGCCGCAGGAAGUGUGCAGGUUUUCAAUAGCUCCUAAACAAAAUGGCAAGUGUAGAACGCGUAGUGGAAUGUAAAAAUUUCAAUUCGCCAUAUAGGUGUCACAGAAACCUUUGACAAUGAGCCAAAAAAGAAGAAACAACUAGAUAAUGCGUUUUCUCUGGAGCAUAUCCACGCAAUCACUAGUGUUAAAGAAACAUAGUCGUGGCUAGUUGAAAAUACAGUGUAAAACUUUUUCCCACCAUUUCUCACUUAAAAUUAUAACUUUUUCCCACAGUUUCUCAGUCCUAAUGUAGAAUAAACGCACAAACAACACAGAACAGCAUUUUUAUCUUUAUUUUUAUCAUUUCCCCCACAGCUUUUUAUCUUUAGCAAUGCAAAAACCCGAGAGGUGUACUUUUGACAUUGAAAUUCAUGCUAUAAACUAUAACUGUAACCUCUCAGGGCUACAAUGAAAGGUCUUCAGGGCCACCUGUUUGUGACCCCUGCCUUAUAGGAAGGAUACGGUGAAAGGAAACCCUGUUCAGACUCCUAUACAGUACACGGAGCACCAAAACAAACUUAGAACAUCCACAAAUUCACAUUAGGAAAAUUACAUUUCUUUCUGUAAAAAGCACCACUGACAUUUUUAUUAAUCACAUAAAUUCAUUAUGCCAAAAAGAAAUUGUCCUGGUCUGCUGUGAAAGUCAUGGAAGCACUAUAAGCUGCACAACUGCGACACGUGCUUUGCACUGGGUCUCAUUCCUCAUAGACCCUGAACCUGUACUGUCUGUGCCUGUUCACUGGUCUCUGAGCCCCAGAUGCCGCAGGUCGGGGCUGCUCAUACCCCAGAUUUCCAGUGGGGCUCAGGUCUCAUUGCCAUGUCAUAAGAAAGCUAUUGUAUUGCUGCUGGAAUCCAGUCAUGUCACAAUGCCUCAGGAGAAAGUCAAGAAAUAGAGCAGUAAGACCACUGCUCUUCCCAGUUUAUAUCAGUGACAUACUGACGGUGCAAAGGUGAGGUGAUUUAAUACGCAAGGCAAAAAGGUCACAGUCAGUAAUAAACAAUCAAUUCAUCCAAAUGAUACCAGAAAGCUUUUCAUCAAUAUCCACAAUACAUAGAGUAUAAUUCAUUUUUUUCUGAAUUCAUUGCACAUUUAUUUCUAUCAAUCCAUUUCCUAAUGACUUAAACAAUUCUGGGGCGCAGGGGAGCCACAGCCAAUCUCUGCAAGCCAAGGGCACAAGGUGGGGUACACCCUGUAGGGGCUGCCAGUCCAUCACACACACCCUCACACCAGGUCCCGUUUCCCCAGAUGCUUAUGGACCUUCCAGCACGCCUGUGAGAGAGGAAACCCGCGCGAACACGGGGAGAAUAUACAAGCUCCACGCACACAGCGCCCCAAAUCUGGAACUGAACCCAGGGCCUCAGAGCUGGAGCUCUGCAAUGAUCACGACUGUGGAGCUGUGCCCCUCACAUUUACUUCAUUGUGCUUAUCUUUCAUUAAAAGAAGUGACGAUCUGAUGGCUCAGUAUAUAUAAAUCCCUCCAAUUCAUCAGUGUCACUGGCUUGAGAAGACAGCUCUGUGAUGAAAACGUUUCUCCAGAUGCUGACCAUAUAUCAUUGAAAAUGUUUAGGAGACCACAAGGAAAUUGUACAUUUUUAGAUACUUAGGCUGCGUUAAUACCUGAUUGUAGUAUUUGUGGAAACUGACACUCAGGACUACAAGUCACAUUCUGUAGUUACAGGUUCGGCAUUUUACUACUGAUGUUAUUGUUCCCUGAAAAAUGCAAUGUCUGUGUUUUUACACUGACAUUUUUAAAACCGCGUUAAACACUUUUGAACCUCCGAUGGUCCAAAGGCCACACUUUCCUUCUCCUUUCCCCAAAUCUUCCAUAUACUAACACACUUCAGGGAGGACCUAUUACAACAGUGAUUUUAUUUUUUUAGUGUGAGUUAUUGAACAGAUUAAUUUAUUUUACAUUUCCCAGCAAAGAUCACGUCUCAACUUGUGAACCUAGAAUGCCACAACUUUUAAGUUUCUCCUUUGUCAGCCUUUUCACCUCAGCUGCUCUGAAACAACAAGACAAGCGAGCCAGGCUGGUGACCCAAGUGUUUAUAAUCCGUGAAAGUAUGGCGGUUAACAGUCUUCGCAAUCAUUCGAAGUUUUUAAGUCCUGAACAUUUGCUAUUAAAAAGAGGAGUAGAGAUCGAUAUUACAACAGUUAAAAAAACUAAAUGUAGCAAACGAUGCCCUCUGGUGGUAGUAUGCUGUACAUAAUCGUUCAACAGAGGGCUUUAAAUUAGAUUUCCUUCAGCGUUUUGGUACCAUAGGUCCCGAAAACCUUUUGCUUUGAAUUUUGGAAAUUAAAUAGAUUUUUUAACAAUAAGGCAGAUUUUCUUUAUAUAUACAUAGACCAUUGAAAUACCUAAAUAAAAUCUUUUCAGAGGAAAUAAAGGCUCCACAUACUCCCCUAAAACGUUACAAGUGUAGAAGUGAGCAACUAAACCACAAUUUAUUUAAAAUACAAAUAUGUUGACAUUUUGAGUUACAUUUCUUUGUAAAUGAAUCUGAAAUGCAUUUAUAAUUGUAUAAUUCAUCCACUUUUUCUGACUAAAUAGCUGGCUUACAGCACUACCUGAAAUGAUUUGCGCAACUAUUAUGAUGCAUUUAUUGUCGACUUCAGUAUUUGAGCUUAGUGCUCAUACUAACUUGAGUUCUUGAAUGUCUUGCAUAGUAUUUUGUGUCUUUCAGUCUGAUAGUGCACAAAACAAACCAGGAACAUCUGAAACCUUUUUUUUUUUUUCGUGGACUUCAUGGAUGCUUCCAGAUAACAUAGUACUGUUCAAUUCUGUGCUUCGUUUUCAUUUAGAAGGAUAAAUACUGGGAAAACACUGUUGCAGUGCUCUGAAGAAUGGUCUUAAAUCUUUUGUAGGUUUGGAAAAUGUAUUGUAGUUAAACUGUCUUUAUCAUUCCUAAAAUCUAAGGCCGUAAGCAACAGACUGAUUAGCUUAGACUGCUAGAGAUACUAUCAGAGAUAGCAUUUGUCCUUAGAAGGAGGAGUCAGUGCAGUAGAGUGUUUUGUAGAUGCUCCUGGUAGCAUUUAAAACAUGUUUUAUCUGUCUUAUUUGUAAUCAUUUUAAUUAACUGAUUUGUAUAUACUACUUCACCAAUACGUUGAAUCUGGAAAAGCUUGAAGUGCUCAGCUGAAAUGAUCACUGUGUUGCAAACUGUCGUGCUGUAUGUGAACAUGCAGGUUUUUAUAUUUGUUUCCUUACCAGGGACCUCCAGGGUGUCUUGCUUUUAUAUUUGCUAUUGUUUUUAAAUAACGUUAACUUUUUCUUGUCACACUUUUUUAUUUUUAAGCCAGAUCAUGUUUGAGUUUUGGAAGAAUGGCAUGUUGUCUUUCUGCAAGAUUUCAGAUGUGACCCCCCGAAACCGUUAAUAAACUGACAACAAUUUUUCA